AGCCACUUUGGGGUUUUUAACUAUUUAUUUUUCCUUUUGCAGUCUCGUUGCAGGUUCUCUCUCAUGCAGGGUGCAGCUUUGUGAUUGUGGAAGGCAAGCAGAAGACUUUAGUACUGUAUUUACAAGAAGGUUGGAUGGAAACAAAUUCUGUAAGAUGUCUUAUCAACAGUAUUUCUCUAUUCAUUCAUCUGGUUUCAUGCCAGAAAAUGAAACUUAUGCCCGUUGAAGAGGCUUACAGAAUUAUGGUUGUUGUUUUAAAACUUUUGAAACCACUGCUUGAUGAAGUUGUUGAUUACAAGAUACCAUUCGAUGCAAUUCUAUAUAAAGAAUGCGAAGAACUAGAUGUGUCUGUUAAUGAGGCUCAGGAACUGAUGGAGAAUUGGCGUCCAAAACUGAGCAAGAUCUACAGUGUGGGUAAUGCACUACUGUUGCUAAAUACCCUUCCUGUAGGUGAAAUGCUUACUAGAAGGAUAACAAUGGUGUUAGAAGAACAGGUUCUGCAGAGCGAAUCCUUUCUGGUGAAAAUGAUAAGCUCUUCACUUAACAUAUGUCACAUCUUAUAUAGACUGUUAGAGUCAUCUCCAUCCACUUCAAGCAUGAAUGAUGUACAGCAUUGUAUCCAGCAAAUCAAAUGUUUGAAGCAGGAAAGGAUAGCAGAAGAUAUAGAGGAGGUUUUGAGAAGUCAAAGAGAUGGUGUACUUCCAUUCACUAAUAAUCUUAUAAAAGUUAUUCAAUCCCUGAACUUGACAUCAAACCAGGAACUUUGAGAGAAAGUGUAGCCAUAGAGGAAGCAAGAAAGAAUGCUUAAGCCAGAAAAGUGGAAGGGAAACAGGAGCAAUUUGACCAACUUGUGGAUCUGAUCUCUCGCAUACGUGAUUGUAUGCUGAAAAUUGAGUACUUUGAAUCCACAAGUGGAGUCCUGAUACCUUCCUACUUCUGUUGUCCCUUGUCAUUGGAACUUAUGGUAGAUCCUAUCAUUGUGGUUUCUGGUCAAACUUAUGAUAGGAUCCAAAAGUGGCUGGGUCAGGGGUUCACCAUUUGCCCCAAGACUUGUCAAACACUCACACAUGCAAAUCUCAUUCCCAAUUACACUGUCAAGGCUAUGAUAGCAAGUUGGUGUGAUGGAAACAAAAUGCCACUUCCCAA